AAGAAAUGAGCAACUUCUUCUGAAGGUUUCAUAUGACGACUUCAGCGCCCUCCUGGGUUGAUUCUGGACUAAGAAAGCCGGCACAUAUCCGUCUUCUCCGGUUGUCUCUAAUAACAUCUGGAUCCCAAGGGCAUUGGUGCACAGCGGAGCCCCCAGGAGCUCCGCAGCCUACUAUCAGGGGCAAAUCCCUUUAGAUCAGGGCAUUUUCCCACCUUCCUCUGACUUUUUGCCCAUCGGCUGAUUUGGGUUCAUGGAGCUCAGGUUGUGGUUCCUCUUCGGACUUACAGUAACCUCCACCGCAGGGUUCUUGCCUCCGACAGUUCCUCGAUUGGAGCCAGGGGCAGCUGGAGGGGGUGGGGGCCCCAGGAUUCCCGCAGCCCGGGAGAGAGAUGGAGAAGAGAACGAAGCAGUGGCAACGGUCAGGGAGCUGAGCCAGACUGGGGCCGGGCAGGGGAAGGCCUCCGGUCAGCCCAGGGAUCCCAGGCAGACAUCCGUGGGAGCAGGAGGGAAUCCUGCACGCAAGAGAGAAAAGCGCUGCACUUGCUACACUUACAAGGACAAAGAAUGUGUGUACUAUUGCCACCUGGACAUCAUCUGGAUCAAUACACCAGAACGCACUGUGCCUUAUGGGCUUUCCAAUUACAGAGGCAGCUUCCGGGGCAAGAGAGCUGCAGAUCCUAUAAGCAGGAGCUCACCACCAUUUAAAGGGCCACCGAACCGAUGUUUUUGCACAGAACAAAAUGAUGAUGCCUGCAUUCAUUUUUGCACCAGAACUGAGGACAACAGAAGUAAUUCGAGGACAGUAGAAAAACAUCAAGACAAAGACAUGGAAGAGUCUCCUGAAACAUGGCCCUGAUAGCACAAAUAUUGCACGAACAGAGAUUAGUUGAAGACAUAAAAAAAAAGAAACAAGAAGACUCUGUAUCUGCAAUAAGAGAAACAAAUGAAUGCUUCAGAAGCCAUCAGAUUUCACCAUGUGGUAUCCCUGCAUUCAUGCUAUUCCAAAAAGAAGGGAAAGUUGCUGAAGAAUUUUGCAUUCUGUGAUACCUUAUUCUCCAACUGUUCCAACCACUGGGACAAGUAGGAUUCAUAUUUCCAUUCUUCUCAGCCAAAGGAUGUUUCACUCAGAAAACUAGCCAGUUUCCUCAUCAAAAUGACACGCCCCAAUCCAAAGAGUAGCAAAAUAAAACCAGACAAGUUUCUCUAAUGGAUAAAAUACUCCAAGAUGUGCUUGGAAGGGCACGGGAUUCAACAACUCUGAUUUCAGGCAGAAGUUGCAUUUGGAGUACAGCAAGUUAGAAAGACACUCACUUGCAUCUGUAUACAGAUUUACAUUCUAAAUAAGUAGAUAGCAAAUUAUUUACAAAUGUAAAGAAAUGUUCUUACUAUAAUAAAUGCCAAAUAUUUAUGCAGAAAAAUUACAGCUGAUAACUUGUAUUUGAAAAUAUAUCAGGCCAGCAUCCUAUGGAAUUAACCAUUUUAAUAAGUUAUCCACAUUAAACACAAAUCAGAUCUACCCUGGUGGUUGAUUCUGAAGCUCACAGUACUUAAUGUAAAGAAAUCUGGAAAUUACAGUGUUGCUCAUCAAAAGAAUGUAUCUUACGGAUGAAAUUGCAUUUUGGGGGACAUUAAUACUAUUAAAUUAACAUAUAUAAUCUUUCAGCUAUGCUAAGCUCACAUGUAGCGUAUUCAUAUUUAACUGGCCUUUUCAUUUUCAACUUUCUCAGCAUAAAGAUAGCCCAUUGGAAGAUUAAUUUAAAUUCCCAGCAUGAGUUGUUCUUGGAAAAAUGACUACAGGGGGUGGGUGGGAGAGUUUUGGCCCAUGAUGUUCACGUUAAUUUCUUUUUAAGGAUCUUCUGGGGAUGACUUCAAAAUGAGCUUCCCUAUCCUAUCCUGCCCCAUCUUUGUAAAUUAUGUAAAUUCGUAUUUAACUAUAUAAUUGAAAAAACCCCCAACAACUUGGAAUUGUAACUUGUGGUUUUGUCUGUUCUGUUCCCUCUGGACCUCACUGUAAGCUGCUUUCACUACAAGCAUCUUAAAAUGUAACUUUUACUCUAUGUGAAGAUGUUUGGUGGAGAAAAUUGAACUCCUACUAUGUGGUACUGACUUUGGAGUUAGUGUUGAAGUAGUUUAGAAUGGAGCAUUGUUAAUGCAUUGAGCAAAGGAGGGUAGGUCUUGACUAAAAUGUUAUAUUCUAUAUGAAUAUUAUGUAAGUUAUUAUAGUUGUAAAAGUAAAUAUCUUUAUCACAAGUAAAUGGUAAGUUUCUGAUUUCAUAGCAGAUUUUGUACAUUUUAGAAAAGCAGAUUAUUUAUUUUGAAAACUAUUUACAGCAACUAUUUCUUUGGGUGGGUUUUUUUAAAGUCACUGUAUAUACAUAUAUAUAUUUUAAAAGAAUGUGUUUUGAAUAAAAAAACCUGGUAGAUCACAAAUUAUUUUUAAAAUGCAUAUGUGCCAUUUGGCUAUAUGCUGUCUUUGGAAGAAAUUCUCAGCAUUAUCAACACUUGGAAAAUGGGAGCAGUCAAAUGCACAAUAAACUCUCCAAACAUUAUCCUGCUAUUUUGAUCAUUAUAAGUUAACAUGUAACUAUUCAUAUAUUUCACUCCAAAGAGGAAGUGGCAAGGAAACAUUUCCGAUUAAGACCCAACUGCAGACCAAGUUAAGGAAUUAUUUGGAUAGUGGAGAAGCCGGGAUUGUGACUAUCAGAGGAAAGGGCUUAAACAACUAAAGCAUGUUAAGAAUUAAGUUUGAAAAGGGAUUCUGCAGGGGACACUUCUUCCUUGUGAUACUGUAUCUCAUUCUUUACAACCAGGCAAAACAUCUUUUUCCUGGAUCAUAGUCAAAUAGAUUGUAGGAUUACAAUUAAAAGAGGCCACAAAGAUCAUCAUAUAUAGCCCCAUAGUAUAUCUUAAGAACCAUAUCAGGAGGCACAGCUUUUUCUAGUAAUUACUGUAAUUAACUAUACAGUUAUCCCUUCUAGAUCGCAGAGAUUAUGAGUUCUGAUUUCUUAAAUUUUUUGGCCCUUGCUUUGUACCACAGAAGUCUGAAUUUUUUUCCUUUGUCUUUCAUGGGGUAUUUACAGUACUUUAUUAUAAAAUUUGGAUUAUUUAAUCAUAGGCUCUGUGUCACCUGCUGGCCUUUGUAUGUCAUUAGUGGCUUCCACAAAACUCUCUAAAAAUUCCCACUUAAUUUUUUAGGUCAACAUGCAACAUAUCAAAACUGCAAUGGGGAAAGGUGCAGGGUGGAAGGGAUAUCUGUAUUUACUUUUUUGAAUGGGCUCUCCUACAUUUAACAUGUUACUUACAUUGUUAUUUUCUCUAUAUUUCUUCAUUUUCAUAUGUGGAGUGGGGAGUUCUAUCACAGCUAUUAGAAUUAGUAAACUUUAGGAGGGAUUUUUCCAUUAAUUAUAGUGUUUUUAUUUCUUUAAAGCCAUUUGCUUGCUAUGUGACCUUAAGCAUGCAACACUUUUUUGUGUUUCAAGUCCCUCAUUUGUGAAAUUGAGGGACUGGACUACAUCACCUUCAAGUUACUAUUUAGCUCCAGCAUUCUAAGUUCUUGACUUUGGCAUUCUAUGUAACCAAUGAAAUUCUAAUUUUUAAAGAUCUUUCCAGCUCUAAGGUACAUUUUGGUCCUACCAUUCUCUGACUCUUUGUAAGGUCUCUAUGUGUAUCAGAAAGAAAUUUGGUUUCUUUAAUUUUCUCUCCUUGGACUUUUUUCAUAUCAAGUAGAGAACUUACCAGAUGAGGAAAUGAAAAUCUAAUUCUAAUGUUUGAUCAUUAUCUAAGCUAAAAUGUUCCUCAUUUUAAUAAAGAGUAUUACAAAAUUGAUAUAUUAGGGUACUGAUUCAUUUUACAGAACUCUAAAGGUUUCAGUAUUGGAAAUCUAGUAAGAGUAGUCCAAUAAGAACAUGUGAAACUCAUAAGUCAGAAGCUGGUAGAUCAAAACCAUCCAAUACUAAUUGUAUUUUAAAAGCUUUAAGGGAGGUUGGAUGGUAUAAUGAAUAGAAAGUUAGCUUUCUUGAGCAUUACACAUUGUUAAGGAUGGGACUGUUUGGUUAGAAAACUGCUAAGGUUCAUUUUAGAUCUUAAUCUUUGGUCUUGUGAAUAUUCAGGAUGAACUAAUUUCUAUGUUAAAUGAUGAUGGCAUAGAAAACAUUAUGACUUAGCUCUUUUAGGCAUUAAAUAUUCAAAUUUUAAAAAGAGAUCUUAAAGCCAAACUAUGAAUGUGAAAUUAAAAAUGAAGAAGGAUAACACAAUAAGAAUUUGGGCACAAACCCUCUUGUGGGUUCUGUUCCUACUAUAGUGUAUAGGGAAAAGGAGGUCAUAGGAACAAUAAUGAAUGAUAAUAAUUCAUAAUUGUGUAAUAUUUCAAGGUAAAACAUAUACAUAGGAUUGAAACAAUUGCAGUUUUAAACAAAUGAGGAUAAAAGCAGUAUCCUUUAUAUUGAAGAUAAAAAACCCAACAACUAUACUUCUUAGGCAAACCUUUAAAAACGGAUGCUUUCAUAUAUAUGCCAUAAAAUUAAAUAUAGAAUACAUAACACUCCAAUUUAUAGCACUACUGGUUCCUAUUGAAUUUUCAAUGUAAUAGUCAUUUAUUAAAUACCUACCAUCUACUGCACUGGAGAAGGAAAUAGCAAACUAAUCCAGUAUCUUUGCCAAGAAAAUUUCAUGAACAAUAUGAUCCAUAAACAAUGUGCUUGGCUCUGUAUUAUAUCCUUUAGGAGCUUAUAGUCUGUGGAAGGUGAGGGCAGGAUGUGAAAUGCACAUAAAUAAUAUAAAGCACAUACUUUUGUGUAUACACAUAUAUAUACAAAGUGUUACUUGAAAUCAAAAAUUUUGAGGCUUCAGGGAUUCCUAGAUUUUUUCAAUUAGUCACAGAAUUUGGUAGAAAAAGGCAAAUAAUUUCUAUCUAGAAAGUUAUUUUAUAAACUAUGAAUCUAGAUAAGGUGAAAUUAAACAAGAUUUUUGAUGAAAUCUCUAAUUUUCUGACAAUCAAUUAAUUAAUUAAUAAAGCAUAUGUCAAACCUAAUGCUUAACCUAAGGAGGAUAUAGAAAAAAGUAAAAGAAAAAUUCCCUGUUCUCUGAGAGCUUAUUGUCUAAUUAGGGAUGUAACAUAUAUUGCAUAUUUUAAUACUUUGCUGAUUUUAUUAAUGUCGGUCCUCUCUCCAUUUAUUGCAACCCCAUAACAUUAAUAGAAUCUUUGUGAGUUACAGUAGCCAAAAUAUUAAUCAUGUGGCCAACAUUUUGGUGAUGAUCCUCCCUGAAUUUAGUUAAGGUAGUCUUCAGGUAAUAGGUAUCAUCUCUCACCAGUCCUAAACUCAAAAAAUUUCCAACUUGGGAAUAUGUGCCAAAGCUUUAACUCUACCAAGACUUUGUAAUUGGCAUUUGAUCUUUCCCUUUUAUGCCUUACACAAGAUGACUCCUUUGCCUAGAAUGCUUUUUCUCCUCAUCUCUAUCUCUUCAAAGAAGCAAAUUUUUCGCUUCUCUGAAGGUUUAUCCCAAGUGCCACCUCCUUCAAAAGGCCUUCCCUGAUUUUCCAAACUUGAGUCCACUUCAGAUCUUCAUCCUAUUACUCUAUCUGCUGAGAGAAAUGUACAAAUUCUUUGGGCUUCACUUUAUCCCCCAGCAUUAGGAGGUUUACUAUCUAAUAAUUUCUCUCAGUCUUACUUGUCAUCCUGGGUCAAGCAAAUACUAUGCAAAUGCACCCUUAGUUGUUAUUAAAUACUGUCAUUAUUAUCAUUAUUACUCAAUAAAGUAAAAUUGCUUGCUUCGUU